ACACUUAGAAAUUCUGCGCCCUUGCAAAAUGAGCGAGCCGCUGGACGUGCUCGUCUUUGGCUCGGCCAUCAUAGAUUUCAUCUGCUAUGCACCCCGUCUGCCCAAGCCGGGCGAAACGCUGCAUGGCCACAAAUUCCAGACCGGAUUCGGUGGCAAGGGUGCCAAUCAGUGUGUGGCAGCCGCACGACUUGGCUCCAAAACGGCGCUCAUUGCCAAACUGGGCGCGGACAGCUUUGGCACCAACUACAUGAACCAGCUGCGCGCCGAGCACAUCAACGUGGAGCAUGUGCAACAGAUUGCCGGCCAAACAACGGGCGUUGCCCAAAUAGCUGUGUCCGCCGGCGGCGAGAAUAACAUCAUCAUUGUGGUGGGCGCCAACAAUUUGCUCAGCGCCAACGAUGUGGCAAGCGCAUCGCAACUAUUCGCACAGGCCAAGGUGCUCGUCUGCCAGCUGGAGACGCCCAUUGAGGCAACGCUGUGCGCUUUGCGCGAGUUCCGGGGCAUCUCCAUUUUAAACGCGGCGCCAGCCUUGGCACACUUGCCGGUGGACCUGCUGCGUCUGCCGACCAUUCUCUGUGUCAACGAGACGGAGGCGGCGCUCAUCAUCGGCGUGAAGAGCAUCAAGAGCAUUAAUGAGGCGAAUGCAGCACUGAAAUGCCUCAUCGAGCUGGGCGCCAACACGGUGAUCAUAACGCUGGGCAAAUUGGGCGCCGUUUGCGCCUCAAAGGCCGAUCCAAUGGCAUACGAGCUGGUGCCAGCACCAAUUGUGCCCUCUGAUCUGGUGGUAGACACAACUGGCGCCGGGGAUGCUUUCAUUGGCGCCUUGGCACACAACUUGGCGCGUUAUCCGGCAAAAAAGCUGUCCGCGCACAUUUUGGCCGCCUGCACAGUGGCCUCCAAGUCAGUGCAGCUGCCGGGCACACAGUCCAGCUUUCCGUAUGAUUAAGAGCAGGAGAGAAGAGUUUUUCCAAGUGCCUACACGGAAUGUACUAACAAAUGACGGACCAAAAGGAAUAAACCAAAUGAUUUGUAAAAGCACCUCAGCCUAGAGUUUGGCGCGUAAUAAGCUUAAUUUCAAUUUCAAAUACAUCUUUAUGAUGUCAUAGAACUGAAAAGCCAAAAAUAGUUUGGGAUACCAAGCAAAUCGGAAUUUUUGUGCCGAAAUGUGGUUC